GAUAAGCACCGUUCCCCUGUGAAUGUCACAGAACUCAUAGUGGCCAUCUUUUCAAAUAUUGCCCUGCAACGAUUCUAUGAAGCAACUAGAAUUGUCUAGGUGUACUGGGACUGGGCGCAAUGAAUUUUCACUUACGCUUACUUCCGAUACGCUUGGCGCUUGGCGCUUACUUCCAGCGUAGCCUCCGUAUUCAUAACGGCCUGAGCCCUCAAAGGAGAUAUUGUGUCAGGUCUGUCAGCAUGGAAAGGGCGUCCUACUACCGUUAAGGUCAAACAGGUUAAAACGUUUCCGGUGUGGUCCAGGCUCUCAAGCUUCAAGUUUCAAGAAAGUUCAAGACGGAAUGGCUAGUAAUGCACCCGCUCUUGAUCGCCGACUACAGCACCUUUUCAUCAGAUUCCGUCUCGCGUAAUGAUUUUGAGCUUCAUUUGCCAAGUUUGGCCGGGCGUGUAUGACUGGAAACUAUUUGACCAAUUGAAGGCCUCCCUUUAUCUUGCCACUAUUCCAAAUCCAAGACGCUCCUGUCUUUCCCUGCCACCAUGCCUGCAGACUUUGUUCAAGCCGCCGCUUUGACCGUGGGGGCCUCGUUUGUAGUGUGGAAUAUCUAUCACAGAUAUGAGCCAGCGGGUUUCCUCUCAGCAGGUUUCCUCCUCUUUGCAAUCCCAGGCUUUAUAGCGCACCAAGUUCAACCACUAUUCUCUUCUUUAACAAGGGCUUAUUUAACGAUCUUUACCAUCUACUGGGGGGUUAUCCUCUUGUUCACUACCGCCUAUCGUCUCUCUCCUUUCCAUCCACUCGCCAAAUAUCCAGGCCCUACUGCCUGCAAGGUGUCGAAGAUAUGGAUGUCUGUGAUCGCUGCGAAGGGCUACACCCAUCGAUAUGUCUGCGACCUUCAUACACAAUACGGUGAUGUCGUCCGCAUCGGACCAAAUGAACUAUCGUUUCGCCACGAGGACCUCAUCAAUCCCAUCCUUGCGAAUAAGGAGUUGCGGAAAGGUCCUUACUACGACAUACGUACUCAAGAUGGUGUUUCCCCUCUCGACGGUCUGAAGGACUAUGCAGAGCAUGCUGCACGUCGCAGGCUAUGGAACCGCGGAACGAGCGUUGCUUCUGCAAAGACCUACACUGACCACCUUCGUCACGUUAUUGACGAGUUCAUGCAAGCGCUCGCUCAGAGGCAAGACCAGACGAUAGACAUAUCGAAGUGGAUGUCGUUCGCAGCGUUGGAUUUCAUGGGUCAUAUGACAUUCAGCGAAUCAUUCGAUAUGAUCAAAAUUGGAAGGGAUCACAACGGCUUAAUCCACGCAGUCGACGAAAUCUGCUACCAAUGUCAUGUGGUCUCUCAGACUCCAUGGAUCUUUGCCUUCCUCAAGUAUAUACCAGGUGCCGCGAGCGGUAUUAAGACUGCCCGUCGAGCGGGUCAAGAGGUCGCUGAUAAACGAAUGAAGAGGGGCUCCAACAGUCGCGAUCUGUACCAUUAUCUGCUGGAUGAGGAUGGUUUUGAGAAGAUCAAACCUAGCAAAGAUGUCGCUCUUGUCGAGGGAAUUCUCUCUAUCAUUGCUGGAGCAGACACUACCGCAACAGCCAUCGUCAAUGCAGUCUAUUUCCUGCUCAAAAAUCCCGAAGUGAAGAAGAGAUUGCAAGCCGAGAUCGAUGAUGCCUUGUCUGCCCAAGAUUCACCCGACUACACCAAGUUUGUUGAGCUGCCUUUCUUGAACGCUUGCGUUAACGAGACCUUACGACUACUUCCUCCUGGUCUUACUGGCUUCCAACGUCAAGUUGAUCCGAAGAGCGGAGGAAAGAUGCUCGGCGAAUACUUUGUUCCUGCUGGUACCAACGUUUCCGCUCAUCUCUACACAAUUCAACGCGAUCCUCGCUACUUCCAACCUCUACCCCUGACAUUCUGGCCUGAUCGUUGGCUCGAACAAGACGUUUACACCCUGCCUUCCGGCGAGAAGAUCGGCAAGGACCAAGUGGUCUUGAGCCGAAAUGCUUUCUACCCCUUCUCGACUGGGCAACAAAGCUGCGCUGGAAAGACCGUGGCGCACCUGGAGCUCCGAUCAAUCCUGAUUGCACUUCUGCAUCGCUUCGAGAUCCUGCCUGCCAAAGGAUACCGUGUCGACAGUUACGAGGAGAAUCUCAUGGACGUUUACGUUACUCUACGAGGACCGCUGCAGGUGCAAUUGCAAUCGCGCUUGGAGUAAGCGUUGUAAGUUGUAACGUUUCUAUUCUUCACUUUUCGGCUGGCGUAACACACUUGUGGCUUAUAACACUGCGCUGCGUGUAUAUAGAGUAUUGAUAUGGGUUGCUACAACAUACUGUUAGAAAACGAUUGUGGAUGAACAACUAGCUACCUAUGAGUGUUGCUUAGAUACGUAGUUUAGAGUCCUUUGUGCUCGAUAACUAGUCACAAAUCAGGGUCGAAGGAAUGUGUGAAGUGCUUGUCAGAGGGACAUCGUGGCCAUGCAAUUCUUUUUUUUGCUAUGUUCAAACUGUACUUUGGUUGUCUGG